AUGAUUAUACAAUGUGGCAGUACUGUUAAAUUGUGUGAAUCUGAAGGUUUUUCACAGGCAAAUUUGAGGGGAAAAAUGUACAGAUUACAAGCUACCUCAGUUUUUGGAAAUUUGAAGGGGACUUCAACAGAAAAUUUUGAGUUUCACAUUACAGUGUGUUUACCAUCUGAUUCUUUCUUAUUUACAGACAUCUUUCUGAAUAUUUUUAAAUGUGAUGGUGUUCUGAAGUCUAAUUGUAAAUAUUUCAAUGUGCAUUUACAUCAGAUUAUCCUUAUCUCAGGUCAUUCACAUUUUGUCUUUCUACAGAAAUUGAGGAUGAAAUUUCAUAUGUAUAUAAAUUUCAGAACACUUCAGACAGUAGCAAGAUCAUGGAGAGAAUUAAAAAUGUUUGUAUUUUGA